GGGGUUUCCGACUCGGUGACGUAAAUGGAAAAGAGAAUCAAACUGCGGACAUAAUCUGAGUGAGCAGUAUAGAGUACAGGGCAGGAAAAAAGGGCUGACAUCUUCCCCUCGGACUGAUUCUCGGGGAAUGUAGUAGCGGAUCCCUCUAGGUUGAGAUUAGUCAGAUUUACAGGACAGUUGGUUGAAUGUACACGGUGUAACGUUAGCACCGAAGCUCACUGCGUUCCGCCCUAUUCUGCUUCACUUGCUUUCAGUAACGUUACUAUCAGAUCCGUCUGUACGACCGGCUGAUUCAGAAGAAGAGAACUGCAAACUAGAGCACAUGCAUCUCAGCUCCGCAAGCAAGAGAAUUUAGCGGAGGCAACAGAGGACGAGUCCUCGUAAAGGAUUAUGAUAUCUUGAGCAAGAUUCAUUUUUUACUAAUAACUUGAACUUCCUAGUGGUCUUUAAACACCCUGUAUUUAAUUGACAGCAUCUGUCAGUUUUGUAGUUCUUAACGUAUUUGGGGUGCAACAAUUUGCUUUUGUUUCCUGGUUUCUUUUCUUUUUCUAUUUACGAGAAGAUUGUUGGAGUGAAAGGACUUUUUUUCCCCAAUCCUUUUCCAUUUUGGCUCAAUUAGUCUAGUUAUCUUUCCGUUUAUUGCUUAAACACGAAUCCUUGUUAGAGUUAAGAGGAAGAAAUUACUUCAUAAAUGGAAUUUUCCCAACGGGAAAACUAACUGGAAUUUGUAGAGACCUUGACAAACAUUCUUUUGUGUAUCGGGAGUGUCCGUGUCCUUGAGGUUUGGAGCUUUGUUGAAAUCAUUCCGUGGAAGGAACUGAGACGCUUCACACAAGCUCCUCUAACUCGCUGACCUCUCGUAAGGACUCAAGUAGAACAUUACAAGGUUGUUCUUGGGAAAUGGGAUCUGAAAAGGACUCUGAAUCACCCCACUCCUCUGUUAGCGGCAUUCCCAAUCCGAAAUGCCGUGGGCCGGGCAAGAAGCAAGGAAGGAUCUCUUUUCAUAGUCUCUUCCAUAGCAAACGUGGAUCCAGGGGGAACAAGGCUAAUGUGGGAACUCCUCUUGUGCAACAGCUGCACCAACAGCAACAACUCCAGCAACAGCAGCUUCUCCAGCCCCCCACACCUACCAAUGUUUCAUCAGACCCUUCUACGGCAGACCCGGCUGAACCUUUGUCCGCUAGCCAGGCCUCUCUGGGAGGUCAAGAACUCCUAGAGUGUCCCCUGUGCCUGGUGCGGCAGCCUGCAGAGCAGCUUCCUGAGCUCCUGGGAUGCAGCCACCGGUCUUGCCUGUGCUGUCUAAGGCAGUACUUGCGUAUCGAGAUCACGGAGAGCCGAGUGCAGCUCAGCUGUCCGGAGUGCGCCGAACGACUUGCCCCAAGGCAGGUGGCCCUCAUCCUGGAUGAUCCCAGCCUGAUGGAGAAGUAUGAAGAGUUUCUGCUGCGCCGCUGCCUGGCAUCAGACCCUGAUUGCAGAUGGUGUCCAGCUCCAGACUGUGGGUUCGCAGUCAUCGCCUCUGGAUGUGCCAGCUGCCCCAGGCUGGUGUGUCGAAGAGAAGGGUGUGGUGCUGAGUUCUGUUACCAUUGCAAGCAAGUUUGGCAUCCUAACCAGACCUGUGACUCUGCCCGCCAGCAGAGGGCGCUGUCCUUGAGAACGCACAGUAACCACUCACCCAGCUACACGGCCGAGCAGGGACAUACUGAUGACAUCAAGCCUUGCCCCCGAUGCGGUGCCUACAUCAUCAAGAUGAAUGACGGCAGCUGUAAUCACAUGACCUGUGCUGUGUGCGGCUGUGAGUUCUGCUGGCUCUGUAUGAAGGAGAUUUCAGACCUGCACUACCUCAGCAUUCCUGUUUACAUUGGACGCAAGAUCCACUCGCACUACGAGGGCAAGAAAACGUCCCAUCACAGGAGGAAUCUCGCUAUCACUGGUGGUGUGGCUCUGUCAAUCAUCACGGCUCCAGUCAUCGCUGCGGUCAGCGUGGGCAUUGGCGUCCCUAUCAUGUUGGCAUAUGUGUAUGGUGUUGUGCCUAUCUCUCUGUGCCGCGGCGGGGGCUGCGGGGUGAGCCGGGGGAAAGGGCGAGGUGUUAGGAUAGACUUUGAUGAGGAUGACGGGCCUAUUACAGUUGCUGAUGCAUGGCGAGCGCUGAAGUCUCCCAGCCUGGGCGAGAGCAGUUUGGAGGGAGGAGCCAGCGGCCUCAGCACCACCUCUCCCAGCGAGGGCUUGUCCGUCGCCCCAGGGGGUCUGGGAGACACGCCCCACUUCAACACACUUGCAGGAGGAGCGCUUGGUGCGAGGACAGGAAAACACAGCAGGCUGGAGGUGCAGGCGACAGAGCUGGGAAAGGAAGGUGCUGGAAGGGAGACGGGCAGCUUGGGAGCGGCCAGUGACUGUGCCAGCACUAGGGGCAUGGCAGGAUCAAUCACUUCCUCUUACACCUUACCUGACAGAGAGGGCACUAACCUUGAGAUCCAGGUGGACAUUGAAACGAAACCGAGCCAUUUGGGUCUAACCACUGAAGAGGAUCUGGCUCCGCCCACUGCUGCCAUGGCUCCCGGCUCAGGGGAGGAGCCUCAGGACUGCAGCUCCCGCAGGAGCAGGGUUGUCAUGGAUUCCCCUCUGGGCCUGUCGCCUGGGAUGUCACUCAGGGAGGGUCUCCGAGAUGUCACCCUCGCUCAGCCGGAAAGCAUCCGCAGUGACCUAGAGAUGUCCGACACGCAGUCGGACGACAUCGCAGAGCUAACGUCCGACGACUGCGACUCACCCCACCCCAAGAGCUGCCACGCCGCUCCCCCGCCGCAGACCACCUGCAGAGCAUUGAACCCCACCGACAGCCUGCACUGUCCCGACAAUGUCAUUCUGUACGUGUGAGAGAGACUCUCACCAUUGCACAAAGCCAACCGUUUCUGAGCUUUUGACGCUUUACCUCUUCAUUUGCUGCUUUUUGUAAUUAUUAAAACACCUUAAUGGCAUCCAGACAACUCAUGGAACUGAACUCAUUGCUCUGCUCGACUGUCCCGUCUGGUUAUUACAGACACGGACAGGUCCUCUACCUCUUGAGAAAUUCAUACUGUUAUUCAUUGGUUGGUGUUUACUUCUCAGUGUGGAAAUGCCUUGAUCAAAAAAGCGCUGAAUCGGUACUAUCGCGACCAGAAGAAUUUCCUUAGAAAACAAACAGACAAAUAAUGUGAAAUGUCUCCAAGCACAUGUAUAUGUGAGAGGCUUUCGAGUGGAUUGUAUAUGGAUGACACAUUACAGUAUUGUUUGUAUGUUUGUUUUACUCGUUUUUAAUAUUGACCUGGAAAUUGUAUGAUUCGCCGCAUGCUCAUUCGCAUGCUAGUAUUGUUUUGGUCGCACUGGCCCGGUUUGCACAGAAGAAUACACACACACACACACACACACUUCAGAGUGAGAGUAAGGUCAGUGCAAUGGGAGACUGAUCCGAACUUCACUAGCAGACAGUUUCACCUGAAUCACUGACUGCCUGCCUUACAGACAGAGCACAUGCACUCCGAUCCCUUACACUGUCUGUGACUCACUGACAACACUGUUUAUGCCCUCUUGAGCGGAGACGUGAGAGAUGGAUGUAUUGUUGAUUUUAUUGCUAGGUAUUAAAAUCAUAUAGUAUCAAGAAUGGAAUUGCCAUUCACAUGCAUGUCUGUUGUUAAUAAUAUUAUUUAAUUAUGAUUUUUGGCUGUUUUAUCUCUUUCUUAAGCACAUGGCUUUUGAAUCUUUUUGUUUUGCGCAAUUGCAUUUUUUUAUGUUAAUUUUCCCUCUAGCUGGAUGGAUGGAGAGCGAGUUGGGUUGGAUGGAUGAGCACUCCUGCACUUUAUCCCACUAUUUAUCAUUGUUCUACAUUGUAGGCUUAUAUUUAUGCACUUCAUUUUUUCUUUUGGAGCUUCUCUGGGAAACAUUUGAAUGGUGUAGUCAUGAUUUUGUUAUUUAAUUUUGUGUGUAAUUGUUUUGCAUUUUUAACAUGCUAUGCUUUCGGAAUCUCAUAAUUAUCUUUGGCUGCAGAAAGAGAAUCAUCGGUUUUUACAUGUAAUGAUGGAUUAGCUUUGUCUUGUAAUCAAAUGACUUGUGGUUGUCACAUCUUUUGCUUUUUUUGGUGUGAAGAUGCUUUUAUAUUUUCAGUUUUGUGAGCGGAUUGUGAAAACUACUUGAUAAUUUGAACUUUAAACUGGUUAUGUAUGGUGAAAUGAGUGUUAACUAAAUUCAGUUACAUAAGCAAUAUGCUGAAAGGAAGGUGUAUUAAAUCUGGCAUUGUUUUGUACAUCCCCACAAAGAGAACUGCACUGGCUGUGAGUGUUUGAAUCAACAUGAAAAUAAACAUUUCCUCCUUUGUGGCAA